GCGACAUCAAAUACCGAACCCCCCAUUGAAUCAUUGCAUCAAUAUACCGGCGCUGUUCGUCUUCUCUCUCAAUCGAAGCUAUCACGACGAAUAUAGAGGAAUCUCUUACCACACAAUACAACGAUGCACCCGCCAUCUCUCCAGCUCCUCCGAGCUCUUCGAACCUCCGUCUUCCCUAACACAGCCAGAGCAACCACCCAGCUCUGCGCAAGUCUCCAUCGAUCUCCAUGCCCACCUUUCAAAAUCUCCCCGCUCCCUCUCCGGCACAGCAGCAACAAUGCUCACCGUCCCACUCGCAUGAUUCCCCGAGCACACCCUGCAAAGCCACGCAGCCAUGACCGUGGCCCGCCAUCAAAGGAAGACACCCAAACAGAUUUCGCUGCGUUGAAUGUCCUGGGGAACAUCCCUGCACCUACGACAGCCGUCGAUGCCUGUCUGGACUCCGGAUUCCAUUUGGAUAACGGAGUCAAGAUUACCGGCGGCGAUGGGGUGCUGCUUGUGGGUGGGGAGGCGUUUGCGUGGAAGCCCUGGGCUGGGAAAGAAGGCGGGAGGGAUACAAUGGUGAAUAAGAAGGGGCAAUUUGAGGUGGAUGAGCAGGUUUGGGGAAUCUUGGGGCUCAUUAAUUCUCUGGGCGUGAGGGUUGAGGUGUUGGAUACUAGGAAUGCUGCUGCGCAGUUCAACUUGCUUGCUACCGAACGAGGAGUCUCUGAGAUUGCUGCUGCCAUGAUUCCCAUUGGGUGGAAAGGGAGUGAUGAAGAGCCUCUUUUGGCUCCGCGCCCCUCCUCCGAUCAUUCUUCUAUCCGGAAUGCUGAAGAAGAAGAUGCCCUCUUGACCGGUGAGCGGACCAACCGUACCCCGCAACGUCGGGGGUGGUCAUUCUGGAAGGAGGUCGGUCUCUUCGCCUGGGCCCUAAUAGCAACCGCCGCUGUGAUCGUCCUCGCCGUUGUAUAUCAGCAUGAAUCAAAUCAGGCUGGGGAAAACUCCUGGGGCCCCUCUGAGAAACCGACUGGAAAACGAAACCUGAUCUUCAUGGUGUCGGACGGCAUGGGCCCAACCAGUCUCACCAUGACCCGGGGCUUCAAGCAGCUAACUCAGGGACUUGCUGCCGAUGACAUCCUCGUGUUAGACAAUCACAUCAUCGGAACAUCCAGAACAAGGUCCAGCUCGAGCCUGGUGACGGACUCGGCGGCUGGAGCCACGGCCUUCUCGUGCGGGUUUAAGAGUUACAAUGGUGCGAUCUCUGUGCUUCCGGAUCACUCUCCCUGUGGAACAGUGCUCGAGGCAGCUGCUUUGGCCGGUUACAAGACUGGUCUAGUUGUGACCACUCGUAUCACCGAUGCCACCCCAGCAUGCUUUGCGUCGCACGUGAAUCUCCGACAGUACGAGGAUCGCAUCGCAGAGCAAGAGAUCGGUGAACACCCGCUGGGCCGCGUGGUGGAUCUUAUUCUCGGUGGUGGUCGGUGUCAUUUCCUGCCCAACACAACGAGCGGAAGCUGUCGCGGGGACGACCGCGACCUGGUAGCUAUCGCCAAGGAGAAGGGGUUCAGCUACAUUGACGAUCGGGCUGGGUUCAAUGCUCUCAAUAACGGAAAGGAAGCCCAGCUUCCCCUGUUGGGUCUGCUCGCGGAAAAGGAUAUUCCGUUUGAGAUCGACCGUCGCACCCAGGAUGACGUGUACCCUUCGCUAGAAGAGAUGGCGCGCACCGCAUUGAAGAUUCUCAGUGAGGCCACGGCCGACAGCGAUAAGGGAUUUUUUCUCAUGAUCGAGGGAUCUCGGAUCGACCACGCGGGGCACGGAAAUGACCCCGCUGCGCAGGUUCGCGAAGUUCUCGCCUACGACAAGGCGUUCGCGGCUGUGCUUGAGUUCCUCGAACAGGAUUCCACGCCAGGUGUGCUGGUUGGCACCUCUGACCACGAGACUGGUGGUCUGGCAGCAGCCCGUCAGCUGUCCAGCAAUUACCCGCAGUACCUCUGGCUUCCUGGUGUGCUUGCUAAUGCCAGCCACUCUGCCGAGUAUGCCGGCCGCAAGCUCAAUGCCUAUCUCUCUUCGGAACCAAGCGCGUCCGCUCAGCGACAGUUCGCGCGGGAGCUGCUUGAAACGGCGCUGGGCGUGGACGCUUUGAUCGACCGUAAAGUCGCCGGAGGACCCGCGUACGUUUUUGCAGAUAUCAUCAGCCGAAGAGCUCAGAUCGGAUGGUCGACCCACGGACACUCAAGUGUCGACGUCAACAUCUACGCAUCCUCCGUCAAAGACGCCUGGCGUCUACAAGGCAACCACGAAAACACCGAAGUCGGGAACUUCCUCGCCGACUACCUGGGUCUCGACAUCGAAGCCGUGACCAAGCGUCUCCAAGAGUCAGCGUACUGGUCUUUCACCGACAAGUCCUCUGUUGCCGCAGAGUCCCCGGAAAAGUUUAGCUGGCUCGGCGAUCCGCUUGGCGAGGAUGUCCGCACCGAGGGGCUUGACACAUACCACGGCGAGUUCAAGAAGCGUUCUACUGUCCCGGGGGUUGAAGGGCAGGAUUGUGGUUGUGGCAGAACUCAUUAACCGGAUCCUUUCUCUUCUUUUUUUUUUUUUUUUU